AGCCGAACAAGAAACCCAGCCUCGACGCACCUCCCCUUGAGGAAAUCGAUAAAGCUUGGUUUUUGCCUUCUUUUCUUGUUCAAGAACCAGAUUUGGAGCUUAGAAUUCUCCCUCCCUAAAGCAAGGAAUUCCAGAUCUGCUCUGCGUCUUCCUCCCUAAUGGCAAUUUGUGUUAAACUCAAGGGGCUUAAAAGGGGAAAGAAAUUGGAUAAGGAUCGGGUGAUUUUUCUUCCUUCUUUCUCUCUUCAGCCGCGUGUUUCUCUUCUUCUUUCCCGUCCCCCUGCAGCCGAACAAGAAACCCAGCCUCGACGCACCUCCCCUUGAGGAAACCGAUAAAGCUUGGUUUUUGCCUUCUUUUCUUGUUCAAGAGCCAGAUUUGGAGCUUAGAAUUCUCCCUCCCUAAAGCAAGGAAUUCCAGAUCUGCUUUGCGUCUUCCUCCCUCUGCCGUCCGCGAGUUGCAGCUUGUGUGAUUUCUAGGCAGAUUUUUUGUUUGUGUGAUUGCCCUCCAGGAUCCCGUCGGCUUCCUCACCAGCCAAGCCCGGUUUCUGCAGCUGGAAAUUCUAGUAUGUUGACAGCCCCUCCAAGCUUGAAAUUUCAUCAAUAAAUUGCUGGCUGUGUUGUCUGAAAGUUUUCAGUAAUUAGGGGAUGAAUUCCGAUAGCUUUAGGACAAAAUUAAGCAUUAAUUCAAGUGGAAUUUAUGUGUUUGAUGUGGAGAUGUUUGGCCAUGUGGAGAUUGAUAGAAAUAGCACCGUGAUUAGGGGUAGUCCUAAUGGUGAUUUUACUUUUGAAUCCGUGGUACUAUAAUUAAUUCUUGGAUAUUUUGAUUAGGUUACUGAUCGUUCUGUCAAUUUAGCACUGAUAUUUAAUCUUCGGUUUAUGCGAGUGAGGUAAGUAAAUUUAUGGUAAUGCUCGUACAGUUUUAAAAGCAUGUUUUGAUUUGUUUUUAAAGUGGUGGCGGGACUAAACUCGUUUUAUACAAAAGUAAGUAUGACUGAUUUGAAGUGAAAUUUUUAUGCUUUUCAUUAAAUUGAGCAUGCCUACUUGAAAUUUAAUUGAUUGUCCUGAUUAUUUGAAAGUGAUUGGUGAAUUAUGAUUUUUCUGCUAACUUCUGUUUGUUUUGUCUCCGAUGUGGUUAUGUUAUUAUUGACUUUGCUAGUGGGGGUUAAACACUAGCACAUGUCAACAUGUUAUUGAUAGAACCGGUUUGUUUGAGUGACUCUGCUAGUGGGGGUUAUACACCAGCAAAUAGUGUAGCCUGCUAGUGGGAGGUUUAAACACUGGCCAUAACCUAUAGAGGAGACGUCUAUUUCGUUCCCGUACUGUAUCCGUUUUUCAUGAUUGCACUUGUUGGCAUGCUGUAAGUUUAAUAAGGGCACUCCAUAUUUUACUUACUGAGUUUAUCUCAUAGUUUGUCCUUGUCCAUCAUUUCAGGAAGCGAAACCGAGGAUGGAGAAACCACGGGAAGUGACAAGUUAGUAGGCUAGCCAUUUCGAGAUUGAUAUAGAUUUUAGAAAUAGAUCAUGAUCUUGUAAGCUAAACUGUAUUUGAAGAUUUUAUGAUAUCAGAGCAGAUUUAUAAUUUUAUCU